GCCUUUCACUCAAUCCUUUUCUACCCCUUCAAAUCGGCACAACCAUUACUGCCUGGGCUCUCUUCGGUCGCGGUCAAAGUGAUGGCGUCGAACGACGGCAACGCCAUGCCACAGCAGGGCGGCCAUUUCCUAAGCACGUCAGAGUCGGAAGCCCCGCCUGGCCAGUCUAUAAUAACUGAGACGACUCAAUUAUCACCAAAUUCCCCAUGUAGCGACUUCGUUCAUCUACCGAUUUUUCAACAGGUCAGCUUCGAGGAGGUCAAUGAUCCGUUUUUGGGGCUAUCCCCUCCCUCAAUUUCUGCAGGGAGGUCGGCGCAGAGCCUGCCCUCUGGCCCAUUUGGCCCAUAUUAUCCUCUCAGCCCGGCAACAACAGCCACGCAACAGACCCCAGAGUCGCUUGUAUGGGGGAUGUCCUGGAAGAACGUGCACGCCACGUCUCCGGAGAGCAACUGGAUGACGACCGCCGACACAAGCCCGGCAACCUACCCGACCCCGGCAACUUACCCGACACCAACAACCUACACCUCCCUCGCAACCUACCAAACCCCGGCAACGACGCUGUCACCAUGGAUCGACGAAGACGAAGGAGUUUUAGGCCCGGUCGACGAUGCUGCAAGCUUAGCAUUUGACCACGAACCCGCGUCAUUAGGACAAAUCCAAGGACCCAGUAGUCGUCAAGGCAUUGCACCGGGGUGCCGUACUUCGGAAGAAAUGCCUGCUAGUGUCAUCGAGAUGGCAGCUAUGCGGGAGGUGCAAGAGAGGAAUGAAGAAGUGGAUAGGUGGAUUGCUGCAACCGUGGAGGAGGGCGGUGACAAGCUACCUCCGCCCCUGGGGCUUUCAGAGCAGCUGCCUAUGCCUACGGUAGGAGACUUGCCGGGGGAAGAAAUCCCGUUUGGUCAUCCAACCCUGAACAACCCGGUUCCGGGCCAGAUAUACUAUCAGAAGCAAGGGGGGAAGCUCACCGAGGUUGACCUUCGGUUGAUCCAUCAACAGAGGAACUGGGCCGACGCUCCGUUGCUCUUGGAAAUCACUGACUCUCGUUACCAGCCCGAGUCAUCCAAUGCUGCCAUGGCGACAUUCAAUCGAAUGUGCGACGACAACAAGUCGGUCGGUUCAACCAAGGCAUCGUGGGGAACUCGGCGGAUGAGUCUACCUAGUUUCGAAGACCUCGACAACUUUUCGAGAGGAGGUUCUAUCGGGGGAAACUUCCUCAAGCGCAUGGGUCGGGAGCACUGGGGGCGACCAAAUCUACCCAAACUCGAUGCACUUCGAGCGCUAGUCCGCAAACGAAAGGACGCCGUCCAAUCGCGAAUGGGUUCCCUUCUUGAUGGCUCCAGGCCACCUCUGAGCCAGAUCCACAGCGGUUCCAGCUCGGGGCUCUCACACUCAAACCUGGCAUCUUUGGAGAAAAGGCACAGUGAACCCCCGGCCAGCCCAGUCGAGGUUUCAGACAGUAGUCCGUCCGAACAGCAAGACCUAGACGACGAGAGCGAGAGCGAGAGCGACAGCGACAGCGGCGAAGGCGGCCUGGACAUGAGCUUACCCACACGCAUCACCAUGGCCAACACAACGCCGAGCAUUCCCGAUUUCAAGAGGCACAUAGUUUAUCUCAACCCCGGCAUGGCCGUGAACAGUUCUCGCCUGGUUGACCGUAUCGCUCAUCAGCAGUUUCUCCGCUACCGAUGUCUUCUCAAGCUCCAGCUUGACCGUCGCGACAGCCGCUCAGUGAAAAUCAAGACUGAGAAGGGGGUCUCGGAUAAUGAGAGACAGACCGCCUCCCCAAUCGGCCUUCCCUUUGACAUCUCACGGCCCCCAUUCACCAGCCUCCCUGCACAGUUUGAGUGCCCUCUCUGUUUCCGCAUGACAACAGUCCGGUCGGUGUCGGAGUGGAAAAGGCAUGUCCACGAGGACGUACUGACGUUCGUCUGCACUUGGGAAUCCUGCAAAGACCAAAAGGAGUACAAGAGAAAAGCCGAUUGGGUCCGGCAUGAAAACGAACGCCACCGCCAGCUAGAUUGGUGGACUUGUGAUGUUGGCGAUUGCGGGCAGAAGUACUUCCGCCGGGACAACUUUCUCAAGCAUCUAGUCCGCAAACACAAGCAUCCGGAGCCACAACCCCUGACCAGAGCAUCCUUGAAGCGAGUCAUCGGUACUAGCAGCGGCCAUCCGACAUGGGACAUUGUCGAGCGUUGUCAUUCACGGUCGAAGCAAGCAGCUGACGAACCUUGUCGGUUUUGCAGCAAACGAUUCGAUACCUGGAAGAAACUCAACUCCCAUCUCGCAAGGCAUAUGGAGCAGAUUUCUCUACCGACAAUACAGCUUGUUUUCGAAAACAUCGGGGAGGGCAGCUUGCCCUUGGCCGGCAUCAAGCAGGAGCCAGCUGAGCUACCAGUCAUUUCAGCCAAGCUCAAACCCGAGCCUCCGGAUGAUGAUCUGGUUCUUGAUAUGACCAAAAUUCCUCCAUUUCCUCAGGCUAACGAAGCAAUCCUAUCAAAAUCCAUGACAAAAGCUGUCGUGCCGGUCUCUGGCUCAUCAAUCACUAUGAUCGAUCUUCUCAGUUCUCCCUCUCCUAGCCCUCCUCCUCCAGAGGAUUCAUUUCCGAGCCAGCCACGACCGACUCUUCAACCCAUGGACUUCGACUUGUCAUCGGCUGGUUUGAAUUCUGAGACUGAGAAUCCACCCCCAUCAACCCGGUCCUUUGGCACGCAAACGUUAUUGCCCACACCGAGAGCGACCCCCGGACCUACUGUUGACCUCGGUGCACAAGACAAUAACAUAAGCAGGCGAUCCCCGCUUCAUGACUCGUCUUGUGAAAGCACUGCCGACCGAGGCCUAGAGACGACCAGGAUACCAAAGCAAGUGGGCGUGGCACGAGUCCGAAUAGAACUUCUUACGAUAUCGAGUCGAAGCGUGGCCAACGAUGCAGAGGAUUGCGCUUCUCAGCACUCCUCGGCCGACUCCUGUGACGACCAGGACGGCAUCAAGGACUGCAAUUUCGACAACGAGGACGAGACAGCACCAGUGUCUCAGUCCGGGCGAGAAACAAAUCCUUCCGAGACCCAAGUUUCCGGCCCGUCGUCGUCUAACCCGACAACUGACCAGUGCUCCACCCAAAGGAAGAGUCGAGAUGACGACGAUGACCGUCGAGAGCAGCCGCGGAAAAGGAGACGCCAAGCUCCCCGAGCGCCAUGCUCCAAGAUCAACUCGCUCCGGUUUGCUUGUCCGUACCAAAAAUACCACAUGACUCGGGAGUCCCUCAUAUCGCAGGAAUGCCUGCGACAAGGCCCGCGAAACCGCCAAGGUGGUUGCGAGGGGAUAGUGCGUCUCAAGCAACACCUGAGCCGUAGGCACAUGCGAUCGUAUCGCUGCGCCCGGUGCUGGAUCUCGUUCGACGCCAGGCGGAAGGCAAGGGCCCACGAGCAACUAGAGACGUGUGAAGUCAGACCACCACCUGAGAGCGAUUGCUUCAUGGACCACGAGCUCGAGGCCGAGAUGGAGAAGCCCUGCGGCCGCAUGUUGGAGGAGGACAAGUGGUGGAUGCUAUUCCGACUGCUUAUUCCGGGGAUGCAGGACCGAGAUGACCAGUCGUUGAAGGCGGAGUACUAUCCGUACUACCUCUCCAUCAACCCGUCCAGUUCCCUCAUGAUUCCGCCGGUUAAUAUCACGGGUCUGUCGUUUCAGCCAUUCCUGUCCGGAUCCGACGCUGGAGAAUAUCUGCUCUCGAAUGUAGACGGGUUUCCUCCCCCAUUGGCACCGCAUUCUUCAACCAGUGCUCCACCCCCGACAUUCAGCCCAUCAGUCCUCCUCUCUCAACCUUUCUCGGUGCCAGUCUUCGGAAUGGACUCCCAUGAUACUCCUCUCGUGAAUCCAACCCCCACUCCUCUCCACUCCCUCCCUACCGAAACCAGCACCCGGCCCUCAAUCCGGUCCUCAGACUCCCCCGCAGCCAGCAACAACUACUCGACCCCUUUUUCAACAGCACCCUCCGCAGUCCCGUCCAUUCUCCCCUCGGCACAGGGAGGUCCGGCAUCGGAUGCCCAAGUGCGCCGGAAUUACGACCGCAUGAAGGUCCAGAAUUCGAGGAUGGAGGGCGAGAAUGCCGAGUUUCGCGCGGCUAACAGUCAGAACCGUACGGAUCUCAGCCGGGUCGAAACCAUGCUCGAGGAGGUCCUUGGCUUGGACCUGCCUGAGGGUAUUUACGAGAGCCUGUCGCAGGUUUCGGAGCUCUUGUCCCUGGUCAAGGGGAGAUUGCGCUGAGAUACGCCUGCACCGAAUUAGUUCUCCAUCCUCAAAAGACGUCCUCGACAAGAAAUAUGAUAUGCCGUCACUCCCACGUGGGGGCAACUC